GGGAUAGAGAGUGAGUUACAAGAUAUUCCCAUCACACCUAUGACAAAGAUUAGCCCAUUCUUGGAAGUUACACUCAAAGAUUCUUCCAAAGAGUUCCUAGCUUAUGCAGAGAUAACGAGAGCACUUAAUACUAUUGGAGAGAGGUUAGUAGGUGGACCAUUUAUCGAUUGGAAAGGGAGAAUAUUAUCAUUGGAAUGUAUCAACAAUGUUGUAUCGGAACAAGGAGGUUUUAUGUUUGCUAAGGAUACCUCCGGUGACAAUGUUAUCCCAACUGGGUGUGUUACACUACCAAACAUUGCUUUCACUCAAGAGUCACCGGACUCAAUUACUUAG